CCGACGCGGUUCCCGGUGCCGCUGGCGAUGUGGGACCUGGCGCAGUGCGAUCCGAAGCGGUGCAGCGGAAGGAAGCUGGCGAGGCUCGGGUGCCUGCGCGAGCUGCGCGUGCAGCAGCGGUGGGCGGGCGUGGCGCUGACGCCGAACGCGACGGAGACGAUCUCGCCGAAAGAUUACGAGGUUUUGAACGCAAACGGGUUGGCGGUCGUGGAUUGUUCGUGGAAUCGAUUGGAUGACGUGCCGUUUCAGCGAUUGCACAGCGCGGCGCCGAGACUGUUGCCUUGGUUGGUGGCGGCGAAUCCGGUGAAUUACGGCAAGCCGUGUAAGCUGACGUGCGCCGAGGCGCUGGCGGGCGGACUGUACAUCGCGGGGUAUCGCGAUGCCGCGGAAGCGCUGAUGAAUAAGUUCAAAUGGGGACACGGAUUCAUUUCUCUCAAUCGCGAGCUGUUGGAGUCGUACAUGCAGUGCCGCACGAGCGAGGAAGUCAUCGAGACGCAAAACAAGUGGUUAACGCUCGGGGGACCGGAGGCGGCGCCGAGACGGGACAUG